AUGUCAAAGAAAUCAUCCGAUACAUAUAAAUUACCUUUAUUGAUGGAUGUUAACAAUAUUCCUGAACUUGUAGCUUAUAUAUGUUUUUUAGUUAUUUCUUUAUUACUAAUGAUAAAAGUUUAUAAAAAUUUAGUAAAUAUCAAAAACUUGCAACUGAGUAGGGCAGAAGAACAAAAAGACAUGCUCUUAAUAUAGAAAUUAUUACUUAUUAAUUUAACUUUUGAAUUUAUCUCAUAUUCGAUAGAAAUUGUGGGAUAUCCUUUUCUAGAUUCUGAAUCAGAUGUAUUUCCAAUUUCAUACUACUUUUUCUCAUAUUCUCAUAUCGUAGUACUAUAUAUUGCUUACUGGCGAUCAUCACUGAUCUGGUAUUUAUAUAAUUUGAACUUAAGGAUUUAACUUUUAAGCAUGAAACAAACAGAUGAUACAGUUCUAAAAAACAUUUACAUUUGCUUAAAAAGAUUUCCUAUUAUAGAAAUACUUAUAAUUAUUUUGGCAAUAUUGAUGUUUGUGUUCUAUUUACUUAAAAAAUCAACGUAUAUAUUAUUCAUAAAAUCUAUAUAGAUUAGCUGGCUUACUCUUCUUUUUCAUAACAUGCUUCAUAUUAUUCAUUUUUAUAAUUGUUGGAAUUUUGUUCAGAAUUUAUGUAUUAACUCAAAAAGAUAUACCAAAAGAUUCUAGACUAAGAGUAUAAAAUUAUUACAGUAUUAGGUAUAAAUAUAUAUUCUGAUCUUAAUUAUUGUCAUUAUGUUCAGACUGAUUUGGAAUUUUCUAAAUAUAUUACCAAAUUUCUAAGAUGUUUUAAAGGACUUCAAAUAUCAACAAAAUCCAGAUGGUACUUUAGAAGAACGCCCUUUUAAUUGGACUAUUUACAUAAUAAUUUAUAUACCAUUGGCGAAUUUUGUGCCAAUUUUCCUUUUAACAAAUAUAUAUCAACCAAAAAGUUUAAAUUUAAAUAGAAAAAAAACAUUGAUUGAUAUUUCAUUUUGA